AUGGAUUUAAAAUUUAAGGGUGUUGGAUCUAGAGAAACUGAACAUCAGAAAACUGCCGAAUUCAGCGUGGUCAAUUUAUUCAAAUAUUUAAGGUACCUGAACUUGACUGGAACCCAAGGUGGAGCUUGCUUCGCAUAUCGACUGGAAAACUUUGUUAAUUUAGAAACACUGGAUAUCAAGGAUACGAAAAUUGAGGAGCUUCAAUCUGGCAUUGUGUUAAGUCAUACU